AUGUCCAUCCCACAAACAGCCUCCAGCGAUAGGACUGCCAUCGCCAUGUCGGACCUGGAGAGUGGCCGCAAAGGUCCCAGCCUGACCGUGGAGUCCGUCGAUUCGAGACCCAUCCUCGGGAGGCGGAAGACCACGAGUGAGAAAGUGCAGGAAGGUCUGGAGACACCUGAGCCCGGCUACAAAGGACAAGAAGACGGGCUCACAAAGCUGGGCAACUUCUUCUGGCGUAUACACAAAGCCUCCAUCAUCACACGAUAUGCGCUCUACGUGCUGCCAGUAGCCGCCUUGCUGUCCAUACCACUCAUUCUCAGCGCCACAGUCUACCACAAUGCAAAAGCGGACGGCAUUCGACUUCUCGGGCUCUUCAUCUGGAUCGAGAUGAUCUGGGUUCUGCUCUGGGUCUGCAAGCUGGUCUCGCAGGUAGCGCCCGUUGUCUUCCAGGCCAUCUCCGGAGCCAUCAGCACAGGUAUCAGGAAGUACACUACUGUGCUAAUCGCCCUUGAGAUCCCGCUGUCUCUGUUUCUAUGGUCCAUCUCAGCCUUCGGCAGCUCGACCGUCAUCUGCACAUUCAACACCCAUCCUGGCAACCCGACGAACCACACGUACAUCCAAAACCAUCCUAGCUGGGAGGACAACUACUACGCUCAUUACUGCAGGGAACAAGAUGGUGUCCGGCCUUGGCCGUUGAUCUUGCGCAGAGUCUUUCUGGCCGGGAUCGUGGUGAGCGCGAUCUUCCUGGCGGAAAAGACGAUUGUACAGUUGAUCUCCAUCGACUAUCACCGCAAGCAAUACGAUGCGAAGAUCAAAGAAAGCAAGAAGGUCAUUUGGCUGCUGGAUCUGCUCUACGAUGCCUCUCGUACCUUGUUUCCGGAGUACUGCAGGGAAUUCGAGGAGGAAGACGAGGCGAUACAGAGCAACAACCUUGCCGAAGUGCGAAGUCGAUUCAACAAGACAGGCAUGGGCACGAAAGUCCUCAACAAUAUGGGUCGCGCUCGAGACAAGGCCACAGCGGCUUUCGGCGCCAUGGUCACAGACAUCUCCGGCAAGCAAGUAUUCAACACAACGUCCGCCCACUCCGUCGUCAUCGAAGCGCUCGAGACGGAACGGGCAUCCAAGGCUCUGGCUCGACGUCUGUGGCUCUCGUUUGUGGGAGAAGGCCGCGAGCAGCUGUACAAGCACGACCUUGUGGAGGUGCUAGGCGAGCAUCGCACCGACGAGGUUGACGAGAUCUUCUCCGCUCUGGACCGCGACGGUAAUGGUGAUGUCUCUCUCGACGAGAUGACCAUGCUCGUUGUCAGCGUGGGCAAAGACCGCAAGAACCGCGCCACGAGCAUGCAUGAGAUCGGCCAGGCCAUUGCUGUGCUCGACCGCCUGCUCUCGGUGGUCGUCCUCGUCGCCAUUGCAUUUAUCUUCGCCGCGUUCUUCAGCCCCGACUUCUCCUCGAAGAUCACUUCACUCUGGACUACCUUCACGGGCUUGGCAUUCGCCAUUGGGGGCACUGUCACUGAGUUUCUUUCAUGUUGCAUAUUCUUGUUCAUUAAGCAUCCCUACGACGUUGGCGACCGUGUGGACAUCAACAACGUCGAGCUGAUCGUUGAGCACAUCUCUCUGAUGUACUCGGUAUUCCGACGCGUGGACUCAGACAAGACCGUUCAGAUCCCGCAUAACAUUGCGAACACGCUCUGGGUGGAGAACAUCAGCCGCAGCCGAUCGAUGAAGGAGCGUCUCGUCCUCUCUGUCGCUGCGACCACGAGCAACGAAGAUAUUCUAGCCCUACGGUCCGAACUGCAGAAGUUCGUCAAAUUGGAUGAGAAUCGACGUGACUUUAGAGAGGAGCUUGAUAUCGAGCUCAUCAGCGUCGGCAACAUGCAGAAACUGGACCUUCAGGUGGAGAUCAGGCACAAGUCCAACUUCUCCGACGAGCUGUUGCGAAGCACCAGAAGAAACAAAUUCAUGUGCAAACUCCUGGCAACCAUGCGCGAGAUCCCCAUUGAACCACCAGGCGGCAGCGCUCCGGCUCUCGGCGAUCCUUCCAAUCCGGCCUACAGCGUCGCCAUCUCUGAUCAAGAAGCCAGCAGUGCGCGAGCACAGCAUGCGGUCGAGGUUGAGGAAAGCCGUCUCUUCCCUAAGGGGGCUGGAGCGGCUUUCUUCGGCGAAUCUGUCACGACUGCGUUUGAGAACCCGGCCUCGACUAUGAUUGCUACCAUCACAGGGAGAAGGAAUGGUAGCAUCAAGGAAGAGGGUGUCAGGCACAGCUCGGAGACGUAUAGGAGGUCACAGGAUUCAAGGCGGUCUGCUCAGCAGGGUUACGAAGUGUACCAAGUGCGGUCUAGAUAG